AUGAAACCUCCAAGUCGAUCAGAUCAGCCGGUUGAUAUGGAUCGUACAAACAUGCUCAACACAAUUACAGAAGAGUCGGCAUCGAUUCAAGAUAAUAACACGGAUUUGAACUCUCACAUCGCAUCUAUUGUCACAGUAGUAUCAGAAUCCUUAAUUUCAUCAACACCAUUGCAUCAACUUGAAGAAUUACACAAAAAAUCAGUUUUUCAAGAAAUAACACCAAUACAAACUAUGAAAUCUCCCAUCACACAUUUUGAAAUGGCCAGCCCUUCAGCUUCUUCAUAUUGUUCAAGAUUUUUAAGCCAUUUAUCAAUUAUAUCAAAGAUGAAAAUUAAAUCUUGUAAAGUCCAAAAAGCAGAUAACUUUGCAUUUGGUAAUUUUGAAAAACCUCGUGGCAAUUUGAGUAUCCUUAAAAGGACUACUCAUAAUAAGUCAUUUAUGAAUUUGUAUCAAAAGGGUGUUCAGCUACGCAAAUUUACUAAUAGUACAUUCGUACUCUCAACACAAAAACUUCUACCUAAAUUCUAA